AACAUUCACAACUCAAUCUGAAGCGUGCGCGCGGCUGAAUUGUACGUGUGUGUUGUAAACCGCGCGUUGACAUCGAUGCCAAAACAAAACAUCCUAUACGAAUUAUAAAAUAACAUAAACAAAAGUGAAAAUAUUUAAUAAAUUGAACAAUAACUCUUGUGGAAUUUAGUUUGUGAUGUUUGGUUUGUGACUGGAUCAGUGGUAUAUUUGUAGGCGAUCGUAAAGUUUUUGUUAAACUUUUCACCGAACACGAGCCAUGUGACUAAGAAGAAGCAACAAAAUAAAAGUAAUGUGGUUGCUAGUGGCGGUGCUGAGCCUGACGGUGGUGGCGGCCGGCAGCACGUCGUGCGAGGAUGCGCGAAUGCGAUGCGUAUACCGUACUGGUUGCGGCGCCGCAAUCAACAACUACAUGUAUCUUUGUAACGAAGUACUCUCUAAGCCUACCACCGUGUGCCCGAAGGCCUGUGAGCACGCCCUCAUCGCAUUAACGUCCACUGAAGAAGGAAAGGAACUCAUGAACUGCCAAUGCGAAGACCAGUAUUGCUUGGACGCGAAGAAAAGAAUUGAUGUAUGUCGACCUCAAGUAUUGAGGGGAGCGGCCAAUGCGACAUCUUCUUGUCGCCUCUCCCAACUUAUUUGUUUAGCUGACGCGCAGUGUGCAACAGCUUUAGAUUACUACAACCAACUAUGUAGAUCAGUGUACCGUGGCAGAAAGUGCUCCAACAAGUGUCUGAACUCCAUAGAAAUCUUAAGGAAGCAAGAGAAAGCUGCGGCCCUAACGGUGUGUCGCUGUGACGGUAACGAAGAUUACGAUUGCCCCAGGAUGCAAAACAACCUUGCUAGGCUUUGCUUCCAUAAGCAUCUAAAGAACCAUACGAAAAAUCACGAGAGAGGCUACGGGGAGAAGCAUAAAAAGCAUCACCAUCAAGAGUUGCCAUCGGCAACGAAUUCCAUUACCGUAACGAGUCUAUUGUUUUUGUUAUGUACUUUUGUUUCUUCAAAUUAUAAUACGUGACAUAAGCUUCAAGAUCUACCUCACAUACUUAUAUCUUAUACAAUUAUUAUAAUUUUAAUGAAUUAGUGUUUGUAGAUAUGUAUAGAUCAGUAUGAUUAUUUUUUAAAUGAGAGGGUUUGCAAGGGCUAGCGCGUUUAGGUUACACAUAGGGUUUUAUAUUUGUGCGUGUGAAUGAGUUUGUGUUUAUGGUUAAUACAUAUAUCCGAAUAAAUUUAUCUGUGAAGCUUUAGCCGCCCACGGGCGCAUGCGCGGGCGUCGCGCUAUAAAUACAGCGGUGCCGGUGGUCCGGUGACAAAUGCAGGGUUGUUCCCGUCGCGGCGCCACGCCGAUUGAUCUAAAGCUAGGCGGUAACGCGACAUAUCAAACAGAUGAAUAUAAAUUCGACCAUUUUUCAUCUCACUCGAUCUCAUUAGAUCAGAAAAGAAUGCAAUUCAAAGAGUCGCGCAUUUAGCGAGACGUCGGGAAGUGGAUGUCUGGAGUGGGUAAUUCCGGUAGGCGAAACACUAAUCGUCGCCAGUGAUGUUGGCACGCUACAAAAAUGCGGGAUGAGAUACCAGCAUCAUUCAUUGACAUCCUUUCGAGAUCGUUUCGACUUUAGUAGUUCAUUAAUAAAUAACGAUGUCUACUGGAUCAUUAGAAAAAAUAUUUUUAAUAAGCGGAACAUUGUUUCAACUUGUUAAAUAGGGCAUGGGCAUUUCCAUUUUUAAAAUGAAAUGAAAAAACAUUACAUUUUUAAGACUUAUUUUUUUUACAAUUUAAGAGUUGUAAAGAAAAGAAAACUAAUAUAGAGGCAAAAUAUAAUUAAUUAAAUUGUACAAUUAGAGGCUCUAAAGCAACAUUUUUUUUUUACUCUUUGUACAAGUCCGUUGGUAUUUAAACGGUGUAUUAAUAUAUGUACUCUAUUUUGUAUUUUUCAUUACGGAAAAUUUCUCAAUUUUCAGUUAGGUAUUAGAUGCAAGGUAAUAGCAAUGUUAUUCUGUACCACAUCCAGCGUGCUGGCAAAUUAAAAAAAAAAACAAGUCUAUGUGACAUUUAUAAGGCGCGAAUUUUUAUUUGACAUUUGAUGGUUAUUUAUAAUAUUUCAAACGCGUGAAGUGAAGCUUUCAUUUUUGAAGGAUAUAUAAUAUAUACAAACAUUUUAAAGUCAAGCAUGGUAUUGACGUUCAAUAGCAAGUUUAAUUGUGAAUUCACCGUGUAAUAUACAAAGUCGUGAUAUUUCCAUGAAGAGUCCAUGGAUGGGAGUUAAAUCGUGGUUUCUUACGUUAAGCUGAGUCGCCCUAUAAUGAAGAGGUUCGGAACCGGUUCUGACAGAGCAAGGUCCUACAAACAGUUGAAUACGAAAGUGAACACACAGUAUAAAUUUUCCAACCUAGAUUUUAUUUCUUUUUACGUGUGAAAAUAAAAAUCAGUCCAAUAUAAUGUUUCAGUUUCUCAUUCUUUAUAAUUUUUCUAUUUCUUUUGUUUAUCGUAUCACCUUUUCUUCCUAAAGGUCGAGAACAUGUAAUCUGAUCGUUAAACAAAAAGCGUUAAAUUUUAUAUGGAAAUAGUAUGUUCUCGGUAUUGGAUUUAUUUUUUUGAUCUAGUACCCGAAAUUUUUUUGUAUUGAAUAACGUAAUACAUAGACUUGGCAAUCUACGCCAAUCAUUAUUCGUUUCAGUAGUCAAGAUAUGAAAAUGUAAUCGUAUCAAAUAGUCAUAGCGAACGUUUGUAGGUAGUAAUGUUACUGAAAUAGAGCAUUUGUUCGAUUUGGAAUUGAGGUGAAGUGUAAGUCGAAUCUAUUUUCAAUUUUAAAAACGAUUCGCAUCUUUGAAACGACUUUCUUUUUGAGUACGACGUAAGAGGCCAAUAUCAUAUAAUUCAAAAAUAGAAACUUCUUUUGAAAUGCUAUUCGUAAAAAAAAAUCUAAUUUAUUUUUAUUUUUACUAUAUAUAGACUUGCGUUCUGCGAAAGUCAAAAGGAUCUUUGGAUAAAACAUUAAAUCUUUUUCCAUCAGUAUUGUUUUGUAUGCAACCCGCAAACAAUUGCUUACUAAUGUUUCAUCGCCAGAAUGAUGUCGUCUUUAUGCAUAAUGCAGCAGUCACGAUAAUGCACAGACUAUGCAUGGAAUUCACUUUAAAUAUAUAUUUUUUUAUUUCAAAAAUAGAAUGACUUUCAUACGAAUACAUGUUCAUUUAAUUUCUUGUAUUACAUACAUUGAUUUAUAUUUAUUUUGAAGUUUUAAUAGAGCAAGAUGUUCAGUUAAGAUCAAAUUUUUUGUAAAUAACUCCAAUUCAAAUUUCCUUAUUCAAUAUUGAAGAUAAUUAAAGACGAAACUUAUUGAUAGUCAAAUUAAAAAAAACUAACAGUAGAGCUAUUCUGUAAGAACAAACACGAAUCUCACCGCAGAAAAUAUUAGAAAGUAAGCGAUGACAUUGACUGUAAUAAUUAUUUCAUUUAAAGGAAAUCGCUUAAGUAGAUUUUCAACAUUUUAUGACUGAGAUACGAAAUGAGAUCUUACAGAAUAGUACUGCAGCUUAAGAAAACAUCCUGACUUAAUAAUCCGUUUUAAAAGACGUUGCUUGUACGCAAACUACAAAUUCACUUUUCACAUUUAAUAUUAACGUGUAGUGAGUUUUUUUUGUUCGAUGGUUAUGAUUACAUAACCAAUAAUUGUUGAUAUUAAUAUUAUGUUCCGUUAAGUAUUUAAUGUCUCUUUUUCGUGUUUUACUGCCAGUGUGAAUACGUUAAGUAAUUUAUAAAAAUAAGUAUUAAUAAUAUAAAUUGUCAUUUUGUGCGUGUGUUUGCUUGUGUGUUAAUUGUAAGACUGUAGCUGACCUCUUUAUGCCAGUUAUGAUUUAAAUUCAUGAUUUGUAAUAGAUGGUACUUAGUUUGAUAAUUAUAUAUUUCAAAAGAAUAUUUUAACGUAAAUAUUUGAAUACCAUUAUAAAUGAAGACUAAGCUAGAAUUAUAUAUAUGAAAUAUGUCUUAUAUAAUUAUAAAAAUAUAUAUGGCAAAGAUAGAAAUCUUUAUUUAUUCUAAAUAUAAAUAUUUACGUUAAAAUAUUUUUUUUAAAACAUAUUAACCACAGUUUACCAAAGUGAGAUUAUUAGCAUAGUUCAGAAAUUGUAAAUAAAUUAGCAUCGUUUAUGGUAAUCGUACAAAGUAUUUUAGAUUAAUAUUAAUUAUUUAUUUAAUUACUUUAGAAUUAGAUAUAAUAAUUGUUGCAUUUGUUUCGUUUUCGCAAAAAACCUUUUAUGGAUUUUAGUUGUAUUUAUUUUACAAAAUUAAAAAUAAAAUUUUCUGUUUUCUAAA